GUCACUCGCCUCUAGAGCGGCGGGGCUGCGCCCUCUCUGCGGACCCGAAGAGCGAAAGAUUUGCCUUAAAAACCACCGACAUCGCCCCCACCACCCCCGUCGUGGCGUGACGCAGCGGACAGAAGGCAGGGACAUGCCGGCGGGCGGAGAACCGGCCUCGGGUGCUGCUGGCCGCGGCCGCCCGGAGACGCAGCGGUCGCGGUGACGGGGGGCGCCCUCCCCGCCCUGAGGCCGCGGGGAUGGAGGGGGAGCGCUCUGCCGCCGGGGGACCCGCGCUCCUCCCUGCCGGCCGGGAGACGGGGGGACGAGGAGGAGACCCGGCCGACUUCGUGGCUUUCCUCCCUCCGGAGGUCAGCUCUCGGAUUUUCAGUGACCUGGACGUUGAGAGUUUGUGUCACGCGGCCGUGACGUGCAAAGGCUGGCACCGCGUCAUCGAGAGCAACGACUGCUUGUGGAGACACCACUGCUUGACUGUAAGGGCUGUCUGCCAGCGGGAGAUCGACUGCGAUCGAGGAAAUGGAUAUUCCUGGAAGAUCACAUUACUGAGAAACUACUGGAAAAGCAAAGUGAAGCAAGAAUGGCUGAGUGGGAAAUACAGCAACGUUCCUUCACAAAACAGCUUGCCCGAGAAAAGCAUGUAUCCAAUGGAUGUCGAGACAUGGGGAGAAAUCCUGGAAGCAGAACUUGAGAGAUGAGAAACCAGUGCUGGUUCUUGCAACUCAAGAACCUUCUAUCAACAACUCACAGACUGCCAAACUGUACAUAUUUUGCUGUUCAAAAUCAGUUGUGUUCGCAAAUGUAUGAUGAAAGUGUCUCAAAAAAAAAAGUUAUGUCUAUCUUUUUUUUACUUGCACUUUAUCAGAUUAAUUUUUUGUAAAAUUCUAAAUAAGACUAAAUAUUCAGUUGUAAUUUUAUAUUUGUAAAUGUAAUGUUCUGCUGUAUUGUCAAAAAGAUGUUGAUUGUACUUUAAAUUUGCACUUUUUAUUUUGG